UUCCUCUGGAACGCGCUGUACGGAUACAAAGCCUGUGACCACUGUCUGCGGGCCUUGGAGACCGCCGAGGAGAACGCGCAGAGGCUGCUGGGGAAAAGCUCUCGGGUCCUGCCGCACCCGGAGCAGUGCAGCAUCCGGAAAGAUUUGCAACAGGCCUGUCCCCAUUGUCAGGUUGCUUACUGCAGUGCCGAAUGCAGGCAGGCGGCUUUGGAGCAGUACCACCAGGUGCUGUGCCUGGGCCCCUCCCGGGAGGACCCCAAACAUCCGCUCAACAAACUGCAGGAGGCCUGGAGAAACAUCCAUUACCCUCCGGAGACUGCCAGCAUCAUGCUGCUGGCCAGGAUGAUAGCCACUGUCAAACAGGCGAAGGACAAGGACCGGUGGGUGAAGCUUUUCUCUCAGUUCUGCUGUAAAACGGCCAACGAAGAGGAGGAGAUUGUUCACAAACUUCUGGGGGACAAAUUCAAGGGCCAGCUAGAGCUCCUCCGGCGGCUCUUCACAGAAGCCCUGUACGACGAACACCUCAGCAGGUGGUUCACUCCAGAAGGGUUCCGCUCGCUCUUCGCCCUGGUGGGGACCAACGGCCAAGGCAUCGGCACAAGCUGCCUGAGCCAGUGGGUCCACGCCUGCGAUGCCCUCGAGCUUCCCCUACGCGAGCGAGAGGAGCUAGACGCCUUCAUAGACCAGCUCUACAAGGAUAUCGAGCGAGAGACCGGCGAGUUCUUGAACUGCGAGGGCUCCGGCCUCUACGUGCUCCAGAGCUGCUGUAACCACAGCUGCAUCCCCAACGCCGAGACGUCCUUCCCGGAUAACAACUUCCUCCUCCACCUCACCGCCCUGGAGGAGAUCAGGCCGGGAGAGGAAAUCUGCAUUAGCUACUUAGACUGCUGCCAGCGGGAGCGGAGUAGACACAGCCGCCACAAGAUCCUCAGGGAACACUACCUGUUCACCUGCUCCUGCCCCAAGUGCCUGGCUCAAGCCGACGAUCCCAGCCUGACUUCGGAGGAGGAGGAGGAGGAGGGUGACGGCGAGACGGACGACGCGGAGCUGGAGGAUGAGAUGACGGACGUUUGAUCCCGGGGGCGGGGGGGCCUCCGAGCUGGGGCGGCUUUGUGCCGCAGAGGGACUGUGCGGGGGGGCUGGCGCUGCGGCAGGGACAGAGCGGUAAGCGUUGGGGGUGGAAGGGCUGCCGAGCUUCCCUUCGCCUGACCGUCCUAGGGGAGCGUCUGUGAUCUGUGGUCCCCCUCUCUAGGUAGCAUCUCCGCUUGUCCCGACCGCUCCUCCACGGCUGACAGGGCAGCGUCAGCCCUCGGGGGCGUCACCGUGGCCUCCGUGUGUGUCGGCUCCUGCGCAGAGCCGAGCACUGUGGGCGGGGGGAGAGGCAGAGACAGGCGCAGGCAGGGAAGAGCCUCCGCUAUUCUGAGCACAGACACGCCCCCUAACCCCCCUUCUUCCUGCCGCUGGGCGAACCCCCGGCCGCCCCAGGGCUCCCGCCGGUGCCGCUGCCUAGGCGACGGGAGAGCUGGGGGGUUUGGGCGCGUGGCCCGCUCGGGGCGGCGGCGGGGAGAAGGGGACUGGUGGCUUUGUAGACAGGGGGUGCUGUGGGCCCACAAGACGGCGCCAGGACUUGUGGGUUCAACUCCCUGUUCGGGAGGGGGGAGUCAGUCGCUUCCUCUCGCGGUGUCCAACGCGGGGGCUGGUCAGACUUGCCUAGCUGGGGGGAGGGGCCGAGUGCUUGGAGUCCGAGAUGGGGACGCUCUCAGCACCAGCAGGCGGAGGGUUAAGUAGCUGGGGGGUGAUGCAGUCAGCUGAGGGCGCCUCCCACUCCUUACCCUUGCCUCUUGCUCCCGCUCGGGGUUGGCACUGCCGUUUUGGGGGGGUGGUUUCACUCCAGGGGGGUGUCUGCCCUCCUGGGACAGCCGGCUCGGCGGUACCGCCCUGGGACCGGCUCCUGACCUGACACCAAAGGGAAACCCUAUCCAGGCUGCCGCAAGGGGUUAGGCACCCGGGCUCAGACGUAGGCAUUGCUGUGCUCAGCACUGCAGCGCCUCAGGCUCGUGGUCCAAAGGGAGUUUGUCAAUGGGAGCCCAGCUCCCUAGCACCUAUGUGAUUUUGGCUCACAAGUGCCUAAAUCCCUUUAACCUGGAGGCAUAGGCUCCUGAAUCAGUUAGGCAUUGGAACAGCAGAGCGCAGCAAGGCCCAGAUCUCUCUCAAUCCAAAGGAACCGGAUUGGAGGGGGUGUCUGGCCCCAAACCCCACCCCAGAGCGCAAAGGGAGAAGCAGCUGAUUCUGGCUGUUGUGUUGCGGGGUGGUUGGAGGGAUCCAUGCUCUGCCUCCCUGGUGUGGAUUAUACCUGUGACCUGCCAGGGUGGGGCAAAAGCAGGAGCCCUGGGGCGGUACCACCGAGCCGGGUGUCCUUCAGCCAGGCUCGAGGUUGAGUCAGCAAGGAGAGGGUGGCUCCUUCUAGACCCACUAGUGUCGGCUCCCCAGGGGCUGGUGGCCUGUUCUGAGCAGUGCCCAGCCCCCGCUGAAGGCAGUGGGACUGGUGGGGGCUCGGCCCCUCGGAUUAGCUGUCAGAGCCGCGAGAUGCUGGUGGAGCUGGCACCUGGGCACAGGGAAGCCGGGGGGGAAAGCCUGGGGGUGUUGUAGCCUCCCUCGCGCCCCUACUUUCCACACCUCUGCCCCUCCCACACCCCCAUCGAGGGACCACAGUGGGAGGACACAGCUGGUCACAUCUGAUCUUCUCCCCAGGCACAGUGAGGCUGGAGUGGGAGGGAGUUCCCCCCCCCC